GAGAUUACUCCAUGAGUUUGUGCAAAUGUCUGUUUUGGUUCGUCUUACUUCAAAAAAGAUUGCGUCUUUGGCGAAAUCAGGUCGCAUAGCAAGCGCACGUCAGUUGUUCGACGAAAUGUCUGAACGAGAUAUUGUGGCGUGGAACACUAUGUUGACGAGUUAUUCUCGUUUGGGUCUGUAUCAGGAAGCUAUGUCUUUAUUUACACAGUUGAGAUUCUCUGACGUUAAGCUUGAUGAUUAUUCGUUUACUGCAAUCUUGAGCACUUGUGCGAGUCUAGGCGAUGUUAGAUUCGGAAGAAAAAUUCAGUCUUUGGUUAUUCGGUCUGGAUACGGUGCUUCGUUGCCGGUUAAUAAUUCGCUUAUUGACAUGUAUGGUAAGUGUUCUGAUACUCUUAACGCAAACAAAGUGUUUCGAGAUAUGGGCAAUGGUGGUAGAAAUGAGGUAACUUGGUGCUCGCUUUUGUUUGCGUACAUGAAUGCUGAACAGUUUGAAGCUGCCCUUGAUGUUUUCGUUGAGAUGCCUAAAAGGGUGGCAUUUGCGUGGAAUAUUAUGAUCUCAGGUCAUGCCCAGUGCGGAAAGAUUGAUUCUUGUUUAAGGUUAUUCAAAGAGAUGUUGGAGAAGAGUGAGUUUGAAGCUGAUUGUUAUACGUUUAGUUCUCUGAUGAAUGCUUGUGGUGAUUCGUCAAACUUGGUUUAUGGACGGAUGGUACAUGCUGUUAUAGUGAAGAACGGGUGGGAUUCUGCGGCUGAGGCAAAAAAUUCUGUGCUAAGUUUCUAUGCGAAAGUAGGCUGCAGAGAUGAUGCCUUGAGAGAGCUCGAGUCUAUUGAAGUCUUGACUCAGGUAUCUUGGAAUUCUAUUAUUGAUGCGUGUAUGAAGAUAGGAGAAACAGAGAAAGCUCUUGAGGUAUUUCAUUUAGCUCCUGAGAGAAAUAUUGUUACUUGGACUAUUAUGAUUGCAGGAUAUGGUAGGAAUGGAGAUGAAGAGCUAGCACUGAGGUUUUUUGUUGAAAUGAUGAAGUCUGGAGUGGAUUCCGAUCAUUUUGCAUAUGGUGCAGUUCUUCACGCUUGCUCGGGUUUACCCUGUUUAGGACAUGGAAAAAUGAUCCAUGGUUGUCUGAUCCAUCGAGGGUUUCAAGGUUAUGCUUAUGUUGGUAACGCCUUGGUUAAUUUGUAUGCGAAGUGUGGAGAUAUUAACGAAUCAAACCGCGCAUUUGGGGAUAUAGCUAACAAAGAUUUGGUAUCUUGGAACACAAUGCUUUUUGCGUUCGGUGUCCACGGGUUAGCAGAUCAAGCUCUAAAGCUAUAUGACAACAUGGUCGCAUCAGGGAUUAAACCAGACAAGGUAACAUUCAUUGGAUUGUUGACAACGUGCAGCCAUUCAGGCCUUGUAGAGGAAGGUUGCACAAUUUUCGGAUCCAUGGUUAAAGAUUAUGGAAUCCCAUUGGAAGUAGAUCAUGUAACAUGUAUGGUAGAUAUGUUCGGGAGAGGUGGAUAUCUAGAAGAAGCAAAGGAAUUGGCUACAACAUACAAUACACUUGUUACUAACGCCAGUAAUAAUUGUUCAUGGGAAGCUCUUUUGGGUGCUUGUUCUACAAAUUGGCACACAGAAUUAGGCAGAGAAGUUAGCAAAGUUCUAAAGAUAGCAGAACCAAGUGAAGAGAUGAGUUUUGUUCUGUUAUCCAACUUGUACUGCUCAAGUGGGCGGUGGAAGGAAGCAGAAGAUAUAAGGAGAGAAAUGGUUGAGCGAGGAAUGAAGAAAACACCGGGAUGUAGCUGGAUCGAAGUAGGAAACCAGAUCUCAACUUUCCUAGUCGGUGACUCUUGGCACCCGCGCUUGGAAGAGCUUUCUGAAACUUUAAACUGCAUUCAACGAGAAAUGAGAAACCCAGAGACGUUUUGGAACAUGUAAAUUUGGUAGUGCUAUAGACAAUGAAAAAUAUGUAGAAGCAAAAGAAAGAUCGUUCACACACAUUCAUUAUUCUACAAGUAAGUAAUAAGCAAAUGAAUUAGCCUUUUUUCUCCAUAA